AUGAAGGUCGGGGUGAGGAUGAAGGUCAGUGUGACGGAGAAGGUGAACGUCAGCGUGACGGUGAGGGGCCGCGCCCACCCCCGCUGCACCUCGCUGCCCGGCGGCCGCAGGACUGGCCCGGACAGGACACAGCGUGUGGGAAGGACGGGCCCAGAAAAACAGGAAGGAAGCUUCCGGCCAGACAACAAUCAGAAACCCCGGCUCAGUGACUGGGGGCCUGGCGGAGCCCAGACAACACAGGGGGCCGCCCCGCCCCAGGGCUGCCGGAGACUUCCGGUGAGGCCCCAGGCGCACCGGGGAGCGGUCCCUGCGGGCGGCCGGGUCGGCACAGUCCAGGGCACGGCCCUCCAGAGACCUCCACCCUCGGGAGCUCCCAGCCCGCAGGCCUCGUACACUGUGACCCCCCCACCCCGGAGACCCGCAGACCAGGACCCUGCUGCCCGGGACCUUGCAGACCCGAGUCCCAGCAGACGACGACCCCGCCUCCCCCCCGGAGCCCAGUGCCCAGCAGACCCCAGCCCUCGAAAACCCCGACUACAGGAGCCCCUGACACCCAGAACCCCCAGGUGCUCAGACUCCAGCUUCCCCCUGCCCCCCGGCCCCCGGGGGUCCGCCGACUGCCGGCUUCCCAGGCUCCAGACCCCCGCCCCGCCCCGGGAGCCCCCAGCCCCCGGGAGUCCCUCACCCUCGCGAACCCCGGACUUCAGAGACUUCACCCCUCCCCCAGCCCCCCGGUCUCGCAGAACCGUCCCCUGCAACCCCCGGGCCCUCGCAGACCCCGGGCCCUCGCAGAACCCAGGCCCGCACACACUGCAACCCCCAGACCCCGGGCCCCUGGAGCCCCCGGCCAUCACAGACCCCCCCCACCCCCCCCCGGAGCCCGCGGCCCUCAGAGGCCCCGUAUCCCCGGAACUUCCCGCCCUCCGGAGCCCCUGGUCUUCACACACACCGGCCCUCCGAAGCCCCCAGCCCUCACAGAUCCCCAGACACCCAGAGCCCCCGGACCGCCGGCCCUCACAGACCCCGGCCCCGCGAAGACUCUGGACCGGCGAAUCCCCAGCCCCCCGAAGACCCCGGCCCUCAGAUACCCGGACCCCUAGAGCCCCCGGUCCGCCGGCCCUCAGAUCCCCGGACCCCCAGAGACCCCGGACCGCCGGCCCUCACAGACUCCGGACCCGCGAAUCCCCCGCCGUUCAAAGACCCCGGCCCCCCGAAGCCCCAGGCCCUCAGACCCCCGAACCCCUAGAGCUCCCGGACCGCCGGCCCUCACAGACUCCGCACCCCCGAAGCCCCCGGCCCUCACAGACCCCGGCCCCUGACGACCACGGCCCGCCGGACCCCCCGGCCCGGUUCGGGGAAAGGGAUGGUCGCAGAUCGUCGCUUACCGGAGCGGGGCUCCGCCUGCGCCCCCGGCCACCGCCGCCCAGGCCCGAGCUCACCGCCACCCCUCGACGACCCCGGCAGUCGCGGCCUCUCUGCCCGGCGCCGCCACCGUCCGCCGGAGGCGCCCCAGACGCCACCCGCCGUCGCCACCGUCCGCCCCUGUGA